ACAACUCAGAACAGUUUGGCAAAAGAUUUUUGUCUACAAAAAUUAUAUUUUGAAUAUUUAGCAAAACAUUUUCCUGGACUAUUCCACGAUGCCUCUCAAGUGCAUCAUCCAGUGCGUCCACGAGGCAGCACACAAUAUAAUCUCGACACGUCCUGUGACAACCUUUACACGCGGGGGAUGCCGUGCGCCUAUCAAGAACGGUCCCAUUGCUAAUGCUAUCUUUUUUGCUGCGAUCUUCUCGCCUCUUUACGUCUGCCUGUUAAAGGAUGGGUUCCUCUUUUUGGUGGACCUGACCAAGAAGAUGACGCGAGAAUAGAUUCCAUGGAUGCCGUUGCGUCCCACACAACAUAUAGGGUGGUCAAGCUCAGUCGGAUUUGUGCGUACACCUGCAUACAUUCCUACAUAAAUAUGUAACCCAAAACACCACUCAAUACAUGUUUGUGUAGCAUCGUUA